GCGCUUUGUGAAGAUGCGAGCUACGUGCCGCUGGUCAGCUUACUCAGGAGACAACAUGAGGUUAGACCGAACGGGAGAUAUACCUUCCGGUUGGGUACUCAAUUAGUAAUACUCUUACAGCUCCACUUGAUGUUCGGCUUUUGUGGAUGUGCGAGGCUGUACAACGGGCAAUUGUGUGCGGGGCACGAUCAAGUGGGGUGGGUAAUCAUGACAUAGCAGUAAGUACGGGAGAGAGAAGGCCUGGGAGAGGAGGCACUGCUAUAUAUGCAGGUUCCCCCAGCAUUCAAGUGACUGUUAAGCCUAUUCCGAGCAACUUCAAAACUCAAGUCCAGACCAAAUACACCACUCCUCCAAUUAAACACAGGCCUCAGCAUGUCUUCCAACGCCGUCCCCAAGCCCAUCACCAUCUACGGCAAACACGGCCCCAACCCGCCCAAAGUGCGCAUGCUCUGCGAGGAGAUCGGCCUACCCUACAACCUGCAAGACACACCAUUCCCAGACCUGAAGAAACCCGAGUUCCUGGCCAUCAACCCCAACGGCCGCAUGCCCGCAAUCCACGACCCAAACACAAACCUCACACUCUGGGAAUCCGGCGCCAUCCUCGAGUACCUGGUCGAGAAGUACGACACGGAGCACAAGGUAUCGUUCCCAGCUGGGAGCAACGAAGCGCAGCACGCGCGCCAGUGGCUCUUCUUUCAGGUCUCGGGUCAGGGCCCGUACUACGGGCAGGCGGUGUGGUUUACCAAGUACCAUCCCGAGCAGAUCGAGAGCGCGAAGGAACGGUAUUAUCGCGAGAUUGAGCGGGUUACGAGUGUGCUGGAUGGCCAUCUGAAGAAGCAGGACAAGGGCGCUGAUGGGCCGUGGUUGGUGGGAGGGAAAUUUUCGUAUGCUGAUUUGGCGUUUGUGCCGUGGCAGCUUAUGACGGCGUUGAUAGGAGAUAAGGUUGAUGUCUCAAAGUAUAUGGCAGUGCAGGGGUGGAUGGAGAGGUUGAAGGAGAGGAGCGCGAUGGGGAAGAUUGUUGCGGAGCUUCCAGGUGCGAGCUAGAGUGUAGGAUUGGCAAGC